AGUUUCCUCAGGCUCUGGAUUGGGGAGGGAUGAUACCAGAGAGCUGCAGGCGAGCACACAUGUUCAAAACCUAAUGGGAGCAUGGAGCAGCUUUAAAUCUCCUUCUUGAUUUACUUGGAAGAACAUUUGCAAGACUGUGAUUUAGAAAUCAGACUUGUUUUAGGGUUGCAGAGUUGCAUGGUUUUGUCUACUUGGAGCAGCAUUUCGAUGACUAUAAAUCCUGAAGUUUUUGCUUGUUUUGCUUGGACUUAAGACAUUUUGGGGACUUUAUGGCAUUAUACUUUUUUACUGCAUACAGGAAAAUGUUUUAAAGUAAGUAGCAAAAGAACAUUGCUGACUUCUCUUACUAUUCCUGGCUUUUUUGUGGAAAAAGUUGAGGAGGACUGAAGCAUCACCACCAAGUUGAAAAGCAAGUCAUCUGAAAAGAAAUCUUGAGAGAGGAAUCAUGAAAGACAACUAUGGAGGAUACGAGAACCAGCUUUUUAAAGAGGAGGAUUUUACUGGAGAGGAGGAAGUGCCGUCAUUCCGAGGUCGUAGCAGAGGUGGCUGUAUAAGGUGCCAGCAGAGCCAGUCUCUACAGCUGGCUGUCAAAGUCCUUUAUGGAUUUGUUGCUUUCCUCAUCAUCACUGUGGCAGUGCUGGCAUCACUUGUGUUCAAGAAGGUUGACAACCUGACUGAAGAGGAGUCCAUCUACAGCAAGAAGAUUAGCAGGGUUCAACAGGGAAUAGAAGAACUCGGCUCCACCUCGAAUUGUUCAGGCUGUCUGGAUGUGACUCUGUACAGCGAGGAGAUCACCAGACUGAAGAGAGAGUUUGAGGACAUCCAGAGAAUGAUAUUUGGACAGGAGGAGGUCCUGGACCAGGCCUCCCAGACACAGACCACCCUCAAGGCCACCAACAACCGUCUAACACUUGACAUGCAAAACCACCUCAUGUCCAUCAAACUCCUCAACCAGUCUCUGGAACGAUACCUGGAGCGCGUGGAGGGCUGGAAGGACGUGGUGGAGGAGUCUCAAGAGAGAAUUAAGACUAUGACGGAGGAUCAGUACGACGUCAAAGCUACAUCACAGCAAGUGAAUGUAACAGUGGCACUCAGCGCGAUGUGGAUUGACGCCCUGCAAAGGAAAGCAGAUGAAGAGACUCUGGUCCUCCAGAAGUUGACCAGCGAUUGGCAGAACUACAGCAGAGUUCUGACCGCCAUCAAAUCCAACACGAGCACCACCACGCAAAACAUGAGGUUCGUCCAAAACAACAUCGCAGCGGAUCACCAGAGAAUCGCCAUGUCUGCUGAGGUGUACUACGACCUCACACAGCAGGUGAUGAACCUGCAGAUGCAGCUUGACAAUGUGACAACCUUCAUGGACGAGCACGAGGAGAACAUGCAUGACCUUCACUACCAUUCCAGGUACUAUGAGAACCGGACAGGUGAGCGCUUCUCUGCAUUAGAUGGUCGUCUUAACUCCAUCAGUAUGGAGAUUGACACGAUCUCCUCCAGCAUCAACGCCACCGUAAGCCACGUCCAGAGUAUGUACAAGUACAUCAACAUCGAGAGCUCAUCUUGCCAGAGUCGCCUGGGCAGACACACAGAAGAUCUACAGAACCUAAACAACACAGUCCUGUUGCUGCUCCACUUAGCCGACACACUGAGGCAGCAGAACAUGUUGUUGAAUGUCCAACUGGAUGUGGAUGUCAGGAACUUCUCCAUGAUCAUGGAGGAGAUGAAGCUUGUGGAUGUUCACCACACACAGCUCAUAAAGAACUUCACUAUAGUAAAAGGUAUUCCUGGACCACCAGGGCCCAAAGGGAACCGUGGCGAGACUGGCACAAAAGGACCAAUGGGAUUGACUGGGAGCAAAGGUGACAGAGGCCCUUUAGGAACUCGUGGAUUUGCUGGGGAGAAGGGUUCUCUUGGGCCCAAAGGAGUACAAGGUGAAACAGGCAUUAGUGGCAAUAGAGGGGCACAAGGAAUCAAAGGAGCUAAAGGGGCUCCUGGCACUCCUGGACCUCGUGGUGAAAGAGGCCAGAAGGGUGAUAUGGGCCCCGCUGGUGCAGGUGGUGGCCCAGGACCCACAGGGCCAGCAGGAGAGCAUGGCAUAGGAGGUCAACGAGGCAUUAUCGGGAUACCAGGACCACGAGGGAAACCUGGACCAGUUGGCGCACCGGGGCCACCAGGAACUCCUGGACCUCCAGGCCUGCCAUAUCACCAUGACAGAGUCAACACCCAGCAGGGAGCUGUGACGCCUGCUACUGGAUCCAAGAGACAGUAGAUGGAUGGACAUGGACUUUGUGGAGGAUUUGUCUUGAAUGAAGAAACUUAAGGGAGAUAUGAACCUGAGGAAUACCGUCAAUUGGGACUGGAGAUGAGAAUUUCCAUUUCUUUGGGAUCAUGCAAGACAAUUUAGUCUACGAACAAAUCCAACCCAUCAAAAUUUGAAAUUGGGCUUUAAAGGCACUGUUCCCUGAUACUGAGUCAAUGUUGAAUGAAUGGAACCAAGAGGGAGGUCUAAAACAGACCACAGAACCGACACCACAAGGUAAACUGUCAAGAAAGAAGAGAACCUAAAGUCAGAUUCAGACUAUGCUUGGACAGAUUUUCAAGUCAGUACAGAGGUUUCUUGGAGACAACUGCCCUCUUACACUUCUUCAAUGAGUGUCUCCUCACCCAUGAAAGCCAAACAAUACCUACAUAAAUCACCUGGUGCAUUUGUGGAUGAUAUACUGGUAGGAUGAGUUUUUACUGGAAUUACCAAUUUGUCUUUGACAAAGAGAUGACGAGAGAUUAAGAGAAUACACAUCAAUUGUUGGAUUCUAGGUCUUCCCUCUUUGAAUGUACAAGAAGAAAAGUUUGUGUUUGAGAUUGGUGUCCAAACAUCAAAACCUCAUCAAGGGUUAAUAGAUCAAUAAUUAAUAGGAGGGUUACAUUUUGGACUAAAGUAGUAGUCUUUCCUGUUUAGACUACUCAAGGGUUAAUUUUCCCAUGCACUACUAUAUGGGUACUGAAGGAUCUUGUGUUUGCUAUAACAUUUUGAACACAUUGACACAUCCUAAUGGAUGGCACUUUAUUGGUUGUCUCUGUAAAAUUUAAAAUCAGUUUGCUUAUCUUUGACAUUUCAGAGCAGGUACUCUGUAGACUCUUUCAUCUUUGGGCAAAACUGUCAUUUUAUGAUCUUUAAAUCUCAGAAUUUGUCCUUUUUUUUGUUCACACCUUUUUUUCAAAAAUUGUUUCUAAAAAAAUUAAUCAAACUGUAAACAAAGAAAGUCACAAGAACUUCUCUUGCUGACUAAGGAGGGUGUUCUUAUGAGAACAUUUUGGGAGAUACACUUUUUGUUUUCUUUCUGAGAGACUAAUAAGAAGACUGUGACCACCGUAGGGAUUAUCUGUUUGCAGGAGGGAUGAGUUGAUUAUCCUAGCUUAGCAUAAAUACUGAAGGCAAAAGGAAACACUAUCUUAACUUUUCAUAGUGUUGUAUUUUGUGUGUUCAAAUCAUAGACUGUAUAUUGAUAUGGAUUGUGCGCCUCCAUCUUCUACCAUACAAAAACGUGAAGCCAAAAUACCGCCUCCGACUCACAGCUGACCCAUCACCCUAACGACUGUCAGGAACUAGGUUAACGAUUGUCAGGAGGUCCAGAACGACUGUCAGGAACUAGACUAACGACCCCACUUAGGACCCUUUGUGACUCCUGGACACACCCACGACUGUUAGGGCUUAUAUCUUCGAGCUCUUCCCCAGUCUGGUCAGAACUGAAGAAGCCUUUCGGAGGAGAGGUGAAACGUCUUCAAGAAUUUCUACCAGUCCAGUUGCCUUACGGAUCAAGCUUUGGAUUACCAUGACCUUGAUGACUGAGAACCUUCACAGACACCGCCUCCAUAGGCGCUUAGUGUUAAGGUGCUGAUGUAUUUUGAAGCCACGGCAUGUGAACUAUAUAAGCUAUUGUAGUUCAUAGAAACAUAGUGAAGUAUGCUACAGCCAGUCACCAGAGGGAGCUCUAAAAGUUUUGGGUUCACUUUGGGGGAGCUGUUUUGCUGUCCAUGUUUUUAUACAACUCUGUGUACAUAAACAGAAGUUUAAAAGCAACAAGAAAAUAGUUUAGUAGAAAUUAUAUGCUGUAUCCAUAUCUUGCCAGACACCAGUUUAUCCCAUUAAUGUCAAUGUCAAAACCAGAUCACACAAAAAAGACACAUUGUGAGUAACAGAGAAGCUAGCAGAUACACUCUUUAGCCUCAAAGAGAGUCAGGCGAGCUCAUCCUGCUGCGACUUGUUUUUAUGAUAAGCUAGGCUAAUGUACAUAUAAAGUGGAAUAAUUCUUUUAAUCAAUGUAUUUGAAAGAAAGUGAAUGUUAUGGCUGUGGUCAUGAAACUCACAAUUCCAUAAUGUAUAGUAAAAAGUGUGAUUGCAUGGACUUGAGUAUCCCUGUUUCAAAUCUGUUCCCCACAGACUUGAUUAUUACCAAAAGACAAAACUCAGUUUCUUUGUCCUUCCAUAACUAAUAUCAUCUCAUUGGCUGAGGCCACACCUGUGCAGGUAUUCAGGAGUAAUAUGUAUACAUGCCAUAGUAUCCUGAUUUCUUUCAGAGUUCUCCAGGUAGGAAAAUCAGGACUAGGGCUUGUCCUGGUUUCUGAAAUCAGGAAAUUAUGUUAGUGUGCACACACACGCCGGGCAACUCGGGUCCAUGCAAGUUGUGGUUUUUGCUAUAUCCAAACAUUAAUGUCACAUUUUCAACAGUUUCUACCAUUAAAAGUUGUGGAGGCACAAAAAUGACUUAUACCCAGUCGUGACUUAUGGACUUUGAGUCUUAUGAAACACAUAGAUCACCUUUUUUGUCACAGGAAAAAAAAUUGCAAGAAGGGAACGUACUAUUUUUGUAAAGUGUUGUAAUGAAAUGCGACUGGCUUGCGUUGAACUUCAAUAAAGAUUUUUUUUAACCGUC